GACCAGCCACACAGGUGAGCUCUGCCUGCUUCAUGCUUCAGCUAAUGAUUGUUUUGAUUAUUGAUUGAGAUUAUUUGACAGAAACAGGUGAAAAUAUUCAGUUACUCUGAGACUCCAGGGAGAGAGAGAGAGAGAGAGAGGCCUUGUGAUUGACCAAUAACUGAAAUCACUUAUCAAUAUUGUUGCUGGUUAAUUUUCUGUCAAUCAGUUGAUCAGCUGAAGUUUCAGUUUCUAUAAUGCAGUUUUUAAAUCUUGGUUUUCAGGAGGUUGCAGUUUCCUUCAGAGAUCAGAUCAGUUUAUUAGGAACAGGUUUGUCUCUACUCCCCUGUGUCUUCCUCCCCACAUGCCAGAGUCUGUCAUGUUAAUUACAUGUCUGCUGUCCCCUCCCUGCAUGUCUGAAGGUGUCUGCAAAAUGUCAGGCUGCAGCAGAAACGUGGACGACAUGAGGGCGCUCCUUCAGUCCUGCAAAAGCUUCGGUCCGCAGCAGAGGAUGAAGUUCUACGACAGCUGGGCAGAAACGUACGAACAGGACUCAGAGGUGAUGAACUACAGAGCGCCACAUCUGGUCAUAGACUUCCUGAACGCCAACUUCUCCGGGGAUCGUCAGGGGGCUCGGGUUUUGGACGUCGCCUGUGGAUCUGGACUGGUCGCUAAGCUGAUGUUUGAACUGGGCUUCAGACUCUUUGUGGGAGUGGACGGCAGCAGAGGAAUGUUGGACCAAGCUGCCAAGACCGGCCUCUACCAGAACCUCAGACUGGCCUUACUGGGAACACAAGCACUGCCUGCACAGACCGGUGCGUUUGAUGUGGUGAUCAUCGUCGGCGCGCUGCGUGACGGUUUCGUGCCGGUCAGUGUGGUCAGGGAGCUCUGCUGUGCCGCCAAACCAGGAGGCUUGGUUUGUAUGUCCAGAGUGGAUCCAAGGUCCGAGUCUGGAGACAGGUACAAGGCGUGUAUGGAGCGUGAGCUGCAGCUGAUGGAGGAGGAGGGGCUGUGGACUCAUGUGGUCUCUGCAGACAUGCACAGAUACAUGAUGGACGUUUACAACAGUUCUAAUCAGGAGGAGCAGAACCAGCAGUACCUCAGUGGAACCAUGUCACUCUACAGGAAGUCACCUCGUUAGGGUCCAGUAGCUCGUUCCGGGAUUCACACUGAAAAUGUUAUGAAUGAAUCAUUUUAAAUAAAUAAUGUAAU